AUGAUGCGUCACUGAAUGACCCCCCUCACUGACAAUUCAACCCUAAACCCAGCCUCGUCAUAUAAACCUUCUGUCUGCGCCGCUCUCUAAACCCAACAGAAGCCUUUCCCUCACACUCGUUGCAGCUCCAAUGGGUAAGGGUACUGGGAGUUUUGGUAAGAGGAGGAACAAGACACACACUUUGUGUGUGCGAUGUGGCCGCCGGAGCUUCCAUCUUCAGAAGAGCCGUUGCGCUGCUUGUGCGUUCCCUGCUGCGCGCAAGAGAAAGUAUAACUGGAGUGUGAAGGCUAUCCGAAGAAAGACCACUGGAACAGGCAGAAUGAGGUAUCUCCGCCAUGUUCCUCGCAGGUUCAAGAGUGGUUUCAGAGAAGGUACUCAAGCAGCGCCAAGGAACAAGGGAGCAACCACCUCUGCUUAAGCAGUGGAAGGAUACUUUUCGGCACAUUUUGGUACCUUACUAUAUAUUUAGUUGGCUUUCGAGUUUUCCGAUGAGUUUUAUGAGAACAUUGUUUGGAAAAUGUUAUGUACUUUCCUUUUUUUCUGAUCAGUUUGUAGCUUCAAUGAAUUCUUGGACGAAGAUGAAUGAGAUUAUUGUUUUUGACCCGUUUAA